ACAAGCAUACACUCACAGAGUUGUAUUGAAACUUUCCCAUUUUUCCCAGAAAACUUAUAAGAAUUUGCAGUUGAGUGUUCCCUGAUUCUUGGGAGCUGCUAUUCAGUUCUUGUGGUUCAGGUUGCUGAGUUCUUAAGCACUUGAAUCUGGAAUUGAAAUUUACAAUUUUGGUUAACUUUGCAGUAGGAAAAUUUCGCAUUUUUAUUAUAUCUUGAGGUGGGAUAUUCUGCAAUUGAGUAAAUGGGUGAUGAGGCUGUUUCAGGAGGUUUAUGUUUGAUUGUAUCUCAACAUAGAACUGAUAAUUCGAGCCCUGUUCUGUUGGGUGCUUCUUGUGCAUUGUUUGCUCUUAGGCUCUUGUUGGAGCCUAAUUUAGAUGGCAAGAGAUGGUCUGAACCAAGAAAAAGAAUACUUGAUGGGGGUGCUCAGCUUUUGGGAUUGCUUGUUUGGAGUAUUAGGAAGGAAGUGUAUAAUAGGGUGAGGUUAGAACUUGUCGAUAAACUGGAGAGUGCGGAGAGAGAAAUAGAGGAGUUAAAGAGUAGGAGAAGUGAAGAUGCAAAGGCCAAUGAGAAAGUAGUUAGUAUUUUUGCUACACAAGAGCAGAGCUGGUUCGGUGUAAGAAAGAAGCUUCAGCAUCAAGUUGGAGCUCUUCUUCAUGAAUUAAGAAGUCUUGAAAAGAAUAAAGAUGAAGUUAUCAGAGAACUCAAUGUACAGUUACAGGAGAAGGAGCUUCUUCUUCAGUCUAAAGAAAAUUCAAUAAAGGAGCAGCUGCAGAAGAAUUUGGAUCUUGAAGAAAAACUAAAGGAGGCUAAUUCGGUUGCUGAGGAACUGAGAGAGGCUGCAAAAAAUGUAGUUGAAGAGCAUUCAACCGAGAUAUGGAAGCACAAAACUGCUUUAAUUGAGUUAGUGUCUACCCAGCGCCAGCUUGAAGCUGAGAUGGGUCGGGCUGUCAGACAAGUUGAAGCAGCAAAACAAGACCUUGACUCAGUUUUGGAGCAGAAGGAACAAUCUGUGUCGAUGACUCAAAAACUAUCCAUGGAACUUAUUAGAAUGCGCAAGGACUUGGAACAAAAGGAUACAAUUUUGUCUGCUAUGUUAAGGAAAUCUAAAUUGGAUACGGAAGAGAAGCAAAUGCUGUUGAAGGAAGUGAAACUAUCAAAGACCAAGAGAAAGCAAGCUGAGCUGGAAACAGAAAGGUGGAGGACAGCUUCUGAAGCGAAGCAUGAAAGGCAUUCAUUAAGAAGUAUGUUGUCUAAACAUGCUAAGUCCAAACUUGAGGCUUCUUUGAAUGGAAUGGGGAUGCCUUUUAGUACAACUACAACUCAAUUAGGAAGAACUAGAUCGGUAGAAACUGCACUAAUUGAGUAUGAACAACCUGAACUUCAAGAUGAGCAAAAAUAUUCCUGCUCCUCAUCUGAUGUAUACAAACCCUCUGGAACUGAGGAAUUAGCAGAUUUCAAACAAAUGGAGGGCUGGGUUCGAUUCGAAGCAGAAAAAUAUGCAACUGCAUUUGAGCAAAGGCAUCAUAAAGAAAUAGAUGCCUUUGCUGAACAAAUGAGACUGAAGGAUGAAAAACUAGAAAGUUGUCAUUGGCGUUCACUGAGCAUGGAACUUGAGUUGAAGCGGCUCCAAACUCAUAUUGAAGGUCUCAAUCUUGAGCUCUCACAUAUCAGACAAGAAAACCUCCAAUUGGAAGCCUUGUUUUUGAACCGAGAAGCAGAAUUACAGUCAUUGAAAGAGGCAUCAAUAUUGCAAUUAAAACAUCCGAGUUUAAGGAGAUCAAACUCAAGCUCAUCUUCACAGGAUCUUUCUAUAACUGGUGAUACAAUUUGGUCCAACGUGAAAAUUGUUAAGAGCAGGCCUGGAGAUAAAGAGUAUGAAACAACAUUGUCUCGGGUGGUUGGCACUAAGAUAGAAUCUGCUGUCCCGGUAAAAGACUACUCUAAGGACAUCAUUCUGAUGGCCCCCUCUCCAGCAGAGGACUUUCAAGAAGAGAAAGUUGUGAUUUUGGAUCCAAGUUCCAUUCAAGGAGCCCAUAACAAUGCAAUGGUCAUAAAUGAUGAUAAGUUAGCGUCAGAUAGCCAACUUUUGAGUACAAAAAAUGAUAACAAUUCAUGGAAGAUGGAUCUUAACGCUCUUGGGGUUUCAUUCAAAAUCAAGAGAAUAAAACAGCAAUUGCUCCUGUUCGAGAGACUGACAGGAAAGGUUGAAAAUCCUGAAGACAGGGGAGCCAAGGAUAUUGAUCACUCGAAGACAAAGGGAGUCCUUAUGUUGAUUUCAUUUCUAGAUAAACAAGUCAGCCGAUAUCUGUCUCUCCAAGGAAAGAUUGAUGAUCUCUGCAAGCAAAUGCAUGAGAAUGAGAUUUACGCGAGCAGUGGAAGUAGUGUCAUUGCAAGAAAAAGGGAAGAAACCAAGAAGCUAGAACACUUCCUAGAGGACACAUUUCAGCUGCAGAGAUACAUUGUUGCCACCGGACAGAAAUCGAUGGAAAUACAAACCAAGAUCAAAACUGGACUAUUAGGGGCUACAGAGCAUCCUGAGGGGCAUGCAGACAUCGACAUGCACCGGUUUGCAGAGAGCCUAAUUACCCUGUUUAAGGAUGUUCAGAGAGGAGUUGAAGUAAGAAUCUCAAAAAUAAUAGGAGAUCUUGAGGGGACCUUGGCAUGUGAAGGUAUGAAUCAUCCAAGAAAGUAGUUCUAUCAUGUAUGGACCUGCAAACUUGAAAACAAACUAGUUUAAACUAGCUUUUUUUCUUUCUUUCUCAAAGUUUAUGAUCUGUGUAUGGACCCAUUGCACAUGGUUGAUGGGGAAAUGUAAUUAUGUAGUGUAUGAUUAUAGUUAUGCAUCUUAUCCCUUCACAGCAA